UUAAGAAAAAUAACAAUAGAAAACCACAUUAUUUGUAAAUGCCAUAGGCUAUAUUUUAUUCCCGUUUUUCUACGGGAAAACUGUGUGGCGCUUUCUAGUUGUAUUUUAAAUAAAUUUAUUUUGUUUAAGCGAAUGAACAGAAGAGCUUAAAAUGUAAACGGUUUGAUCAGUAUUAUCAAUAUAUGUUAAAUUUAUCAGUCAUUACUUUUUACAGGAAAUCUUGAAACGUUAUCAGCUACAGAAAUGAUUAUGGAGAGAAUAGCAUAUGAACUCAAUUUAGAUCCUAUCGCCGUACGAUUAAGAAACUUAGAUAAAAAAAACUAUAACGAUGUUGCAAAAAUGUUCGAUGCUCUUAAAAAUAACUCUGAUUAUGAAAAAAGAAGAUAUGCUGUUGAUAAAUUUAAUAAAGCAAACCGAUGGAGGAAGCGUGGCUUAAGAUUUACUUUCAUGAAAUGGUCAGCAACAGUUAGUUGUAUAAUGAACGUUAUAAUGUCAGUUUAUAUAGAUGGGUCAGUUGCAAUUACUCAUGGUGGAGUUGAAAUGGGUCAAGGAAUUAACACAAAAGCGAUACAAAUAUGUGCAUAUUUACUUAACAUACCGAUUGCAAAAAUCCAUACAAAAUCAUAUAAGACUUCAACAAACCCUAAUAACUCUUACACUGCAGCUAGUGUAACAUCUCAAAGUGUUGGUAUAGGGGUUCAAAGAUGCUGUGAAGAGUUGUUAAAAAGACUAGAACCUAUAAAAGCGCAAAUGAAAAACCCUUUAUGGGAGCAACUUAUAAUGGAAGCUUUUAAAUUGGGCAUCAAUCUGCAGACCAAUUCAUUUGUAGGAUUUGAUGAUACAAAUUCAGAACAUAUUGUAUAUGGAGUGACCUUGGCUGAGGUAGAAAUAGACAUUUUAACUGGGCAGUGGGAGAUUCUGCGAGUCGAUUUAAUGGAAGACGUGGGACGUAGUGUUAGUCCUUUUAUUGAUAUUGGCCAAGUUGAAGGUGCUUUUAUAAUGGGAGUAGGAUAUUGGACGACUGAAGAGCUGGUAUACGACCAAUGUACGGGAGAACUCCUAACAGAUCGAUCCUUAAACUAUCACGUCCCGCAGGGCACGGAUAUACCACAAGAUUUUCGAAUUUAUUUGAGAAAGAAAUCGUAUAACAGUGAUUUGGUUUUUGGAUCUAAAGUGGUAGGUGAGCCACCAAACUGUAUGGGUGUGGCGGUACCGAUAGCGAUGAGAGAAGCAAUCGCUUCAGCCAGAUUAGAUGGAGGAAUUCCCACCACUAAGUGGUUUCAGAUCGAUGGACCAUACACCGUUGAAAAAAUAUGCUUAGCGUGUAAGACGAACAUUGAAGAUAUGAAAUAUUUUUAACUCGAAUCCAAAACUUGGAAUUUUCAAGGUUGUAAAGUGGCAAAUAUACCUAACUAACGGACUCCCGCGACUUCGUCCGCCCUUAGGCCUCCUCCGACUCUAUCGCAAAAUCCGUUCUUAGCGGAUACGUACUAAUUAUAGACUACCUCCCUGCCAAAUUUAAUUUUUGUACGUGUUUUAGAGAUUUCAUGAUGAAUGACCUUUCGCAUUUAUAUAUUAAGAUCAUAUUAAUAUAUAAAUUUAGCAAGCACAUUUUUAUAUGUGUAUGUUAAUUUAUAUGUGAUU